UGAGUGGAUCGUGUAGCUUUAUAAGACGAAACGUGGACGACAGGGGUGGCUCCACUUCUACCCAUUCUAUCCGCUAAAGUGUUCUCGGUACUUGCAAGCUCUCUGUGUACUAUGGUUUCGCAGCCUGUUUGAAGCCACGACCAACUUCAUCAAUUUCUGCUUGUUCUAAUCAAUCGAGGACCUACCCCACUGCUUCGACGACCAUCUAGUAAGUGGCCAGCAACUUAGGAUUCGCACACGGGGAGAUUCAUAGAACUGCAUCUGCUCAGGAUGAGUACAUGCUUUGCAGGUCCAGCCUCUAGCUGGAACCGUGUCUCCAUCUUCAAGGCGCUGCAUCAAGGCGUGGGUUCUUCCAAUUCGAGUUCGCAGAGAAGGGUUGUGUGUAAUGCCAAGCUGAAUGCCAAUCUAGAGAGCUCUACUGAAAUCAUGAGGUUGGGUAGGAGCGAUCUUCAGGUUUCAAAGUUAGGCAUCGGGACUUUGCAAUGGGGCGAUCCUGGUAGCGGAUUUGGCUCCACGUUUGGCGAAGCCGAAAUCGCAAGUGCCUUUGAUGAGUUAAUCGCAGGGGGCAUAAACUUUUUCGAUACCGCCGAGGUUUAUGGUUAUCAGAACAUUAAGUCAGGAUCAUCCUCGGAGCAACUUUUGGGGAAAUUUCUGAGGGACAUGAAAAAUCAACAAGAUGUACCACCAGUCGUGGCUACUAAAUUUUUCACCAUUCCUUGGACAAACUUUCUUGUUGGAGGGGGGUUCAGGUUGGGUCGGAAGUCCUUACUAGCCGCUCUGCGAGAGAGCUUGAAGAGAAUUGGGAAGGCGAAAGUUGACCUCUAUCAGAUACACUUUCCGUUUCCUACUUUCAGCAAUGCUGCCCUCAUGGAGAGUUUGAAGGAAGCUGUGGAGGAAGGCCUCACUCGAGCAGUUGGUGUUUCAAACUUCUCCAAGGAACAGAUGGAGGAGGCAGAUGACGUGCUCUCUCGGUACGGUAUACCUUUGGCGUCAAACCAAGUCCGAUACAGUCUGAUCAGCCGAGAUGUGGAGGAGAAUGGUCUUUUGAAGGCGUGUAAGGAUCGAAAGAUACAACUCAUUGCUUACUCUCCGCUUGCUUCUGGGCUGCUAACGGAUAAAGCUUUGACCCGCACUGAUGCCAAAGCCACCAAUAUUCAACCCCUUUUAAAGCUGAUGCAGUCAAUUGGUGCAGAGCACGGUGACAAGUCCGUAACUCAAGUAGCUUUAAAUUAUCUUAUGUGUAAAGGAGCCCUUCCAAUUGCAGGGUGCAAGAACGCACAACAGGCAAAGGCGCAUUGUGAAGUACUCAAAUUUAAGCUCACAGAUGGCCAAGUGGCUUCACUACAAGACAAGGCGAAGACACUGAAGCUCUAGAAUCCUGUUUUCACAUCAGGCAGCACAAAAGCCUAUUUUGUAAAGACACACUCCACCUCAGCUGAAAAGGUUUUUGUGGGGAUGUUGUGGGGAGUCAGAAGACCCAACAAUGUGUUCACAGCUUGAAUAAUACCAAGUGUUUUUGUAUCAUCAUCAUAUCUUACACACCGCA